AAUUUGUCGAGUGACGUCACCUGUUGAAAAUGCGCGUGCGCGCGUGCGUGAGCUCUAUAAUUGCUAGUUAGCUAGUUACUCUACAGAAAUGUUUUUCACUUCCGAAACAAAUCUAAACGAAUGAAUACAAAGCAGAAGUGCAUUGUGGGUAAUGUAGGUUUCAACGAGCGUUUGUUACCUACACGGCAUCAGUUAUUAUUUAGUUAUUAAUUAUUUAUUAAUAUUAUUUUGCCUUAUAUUAUUAAUACUAUUUAUUUUAGCCGUGAUUCUUCAACCUUUUGUUUAACGUAAAUAAAUAAAUAAAUGAUUUUACUUUGUAUACUCGUUUAAAGAUUAGUCGUAAAAUAUUAUUAAGCGUGAAAUUAUGAAUUUGGGAAGAUUUUAAUUCACAACCGACUACAAUAAAUAAAUAAUAAUAAAAAAAUAAAUAAAAUACAACUCGCAAGAAUCCCACUCCUGACGUCAUCGCGUCGUUCUGUGAGCGCAGGCCCGGCAGAGUCCCGCGCAUGCGCACUGCGGGCUGGUGCCUAUCAAGUUGGUCAAACAGCGGGGAGAUAAAAAUGGUAGGUAAGAUGGAGAGAAGAGGAAAACAAAAAAUACCGCAUAAGCUGAAGUCAUCACAGAAAGAGAAGGUCCGUCAGUUCAUGUCCUUCACCCAGGCCGGCGAGAGGACAGCCGUCUACUGCCUCACACAGAAUGACUGGAAACUAGAAGUGGCAACAGACAACUACUUCCAGAACCCAGACCUCUACUAUAAAGAAUCCAUGAAAACCACAGUGGACCGCAAGAAGCUGGAGCAGCUUUAUAACCGGUACAAAGACCCUCAGGAUGAGAAUAAAAUCGGCAUCGAUGGGAUCCAGCAGUUCUGCGAUGACCUCACUCUAGAUCCGGCCAGCAUGAGCAUCCUGGUGGUGGCCUGGAAGUUCCGGGCAGCGACGCAGUGUGAAUUUAGCCGGAAAGAGUUCGUGGACGGCAUGUCAGAGCUGGGCUGUGACAGUCCUGAGAAACUGAAGUCCAUCUUACCCAGGUUAGAACAGGAGCUCAAGGACUCUGGAAAGUUUAAGGAUUUCUACCAGUUUACUUUCAAUUUUGCCAAGAAUCCAGGCCAGAAAGGCUUAGACUUAGAGAUGGCUGUGGCCUACUGGAACCUGGUUCUGACGGGCCGCUUCAAGUUUCUGGACCUCUGGAACACGUUCCUGCUGGAGCAUCACAAGCGCUCUAUCCCAAAAGACACAUGGAAUCUUCUUUUAGACUUUGGAAACAUGAUUGCCGACGAUAUGUCGAACUAUGAUGAGGAAGGGGCGUGGCCGGUCCUCAUAGAUGACUUUGUGGAGUUUGCUCGGCCAAUUGUUACGGCAGGCAAGCGCAAAAAUGUAUAAUCACCACCUUCCUCUUGGAGAGGGACGUGGCAUCUCUCUCUCUCUCUCUCUCUCUCUCUCUCUCUCUCUCUCUCUCUUUCUUUCUCUCUCUCUGUUUAGACAUUUUAUAUAUAUAUGUGUAUAUAUAUAUAUAUAUGUGUGUAUAUAUAUAUAUAUAUAUAUGUAUGUAU